CUGUUACUAAUCACAACAAAUACAAAAUCAUAACAAAUAAGAGAACAAUAACAAAUAUUUCCCCAAUUUUGGGUUAAAAACAUUAAUUAAAUGUUUUAAGUGUAGAAGUACAAAAUAUUGGACAAAAAUGGAAAUUACAUUGGCUUUAAUAAAACCCCAUGUUGUACGUAACACGGUAGCUUUACGCCAUUUACUCGAUUUGAUCAAGGACAACUUCCAAGUGCUGGAAUCCAAAGAAGUUCACAUUACGAAACAAUUGUCGGAGAAAUUUUAUGCUGAGCAUAAAGGAAAAUUCUUUUACAAUCGACUGACAACUUUUAUGGGAAGUGGUCCAUCAUAUGCCUUGAUUCUACAAUCGGCAGACAGCAUUGCCAAAUGGCGUUCUUUGAUGGGACCAACUAAGGUGUAUAAAGCAAUUUACUCGAAUCCCGAUUGUAUUCGCGCCCUUUAUGGACUGUCGGAUACACGUAAUGCUUGCCAUGGUUCGGAUAGUACAGAAUCAGCAAUGAAAGAAAUAUCAAUAUUAUUCCCAGAAUUUAAUAUGACCGAAGCAUUGAAUGCUGAAGAUCAAAAAAGAUGAAAUAUUGUUUAUGUUAUGUUAUAAGUUAUAUUGUUAAUGGUUAUUAAAGUGUUAAGUGCCACAAAAAUGU